CUCGCUGUGACCGGAGCAGCGAUUGGGAAAUGUUUCUGUUCUCGCGCCUCUCUACCGGACAGUGACAGCAGGCCAAAACUUUACAUCCGGGGAUCUUGGUUUUGUCUUUUUCUUUUCUGUUGUUACUUGUUUCUUUACCCUCGUGUUAGUGUGAGUGUGUGUGAGAGUGUGUGUGAGAGUGUGUGUGUGUGUGUGUGUUUCUUCAUGCCUGCCGCGUCCGGGAGCGAGUCGCCACCACUAUGCGAGCCCAAAUUGAAGUUAUCCCAUGCAAAAUCUGCGGAGACAAGUCCUCAGGGAUCCAUUAUGGGGUCAUCACAUGUGAAGGUUGUAAGGGUUUUUUCAGGAGAAGUCAACAGAACAACGCCUCGUAUUCGUGCCCUCGGCAACGCAACUGCCUGAUUGACAGAACCAACCGUAACCGCUGUCAGCACUGCCGCCUGCAGAAGUGUCUUGCUCUGGGCAUGUCACGUGACGCGGUAAAGUUUGGCCGCAUGUCGAAGAAGCAGCGCGACUCACUGUAUGCCGAGGUACAGAAGCACCAACAGCGGCUGCAGGAACAGCGGCAGCAGCAGACGGGCGAUGUUUACUCAUCCAGUCUGAGCACUCUCGGGCAAGACCUGGGUGGUGCCUACACCAACGGACAUGUCAUCGACAUGGCCAAGACGCAUGCCAAUGGCGCACCCGCUGCCUACUACAGCAUGGACUCAACCCAGCCGAGCCCUGACCAGUCCGGUUUGGACAUGGCGGGUAUGAAGCCCAUCAAACAGGAGCCUGUCUACGACCUGACGCCUGUGCCCGACCUCUUCCCCUACAACUCGUACCAGGACAGCCAGCUCGCACCCGGAGUGUCCAUGGGGGAGCUUGACCGAAUUGCACAGAACAUAAUAAAGUCUCAUCUGGAGACGUGCCAGUACACGGGCGAGGAGCUGCAGCAGCUGUCCUGGCAGACACACUCAUAUGAAGAGGUCAAAAUGUACCAAAGCAAGUCGCGGGAGGCGCUGUGGCAACAAUGUGCAAUUCAGAUCACUCACGCCAUUCAGUACGUGGUGGAGUUCGCCAAGCGUAUCACUGGCUUCAUGGAACUGUGUCAGAACGACCAGAUACUGCUGCUCAAAUCAGGUUGUCUGGAGGUGGUGUUGGUAAGAAUGUGCAGAGCGUUUAACCCUCUCAACAACACGGUUCUGUUCGAGGGUAAAUACGGUGGCAUUCAGAUAUUCAAGGCACUCGGCUGCGAUGAUCUCGUCAGCACCAUGUUCGACUUUGCUAAGAGUCUGUGCUCCCUGCAGCUGACGGAAGAGGAGAUCGCACUAUUCUCUGCAGCCGUUCUCAUUUCCACAGAUCGGCCCUGGCUAAUGGAACCAAGAAAAGUCCAGAAACUUCAGGAGAAAAUCUACUUGGCCCUCCAGCACAUUAUGCAGAAGAACCACAUGGAUGAGGAUGCGUUGACUAAGCUGAUUGGUCGAAUACCCACACUAGCAGCAUUGUGCACCCUGCACACGGAGGAGCUCCAGGCCUUCCAGCAGUUACACCCUGAAACAGUCAACAUGCUCUUCCCUCCACUUUACAAGGAGCUUUUCAAUCCUGAUGCCGCCAGUGUAAUGUCCAAGUGACAAACACUGUUGUUGUUGUUUUUUUUUUUAAAUGAAGGGACAGGAGCACGAUGGCAAAACUUCCAGGAGGCUUAGCCACUGAGACAGA